CAAACCAACCAGUCAGCAUCACGUGCGCGGACGUGACGGCCGUGUUUCGUGCCGAGCCGACGGAUUAUUCACGCGCCAUUUGACAGUUAUGCCGUGUCCUGUAAUGACUGUAGUGCAUCAUAGUGUAACGUAGUGAUUGUUGCUGCCAAUAAACAAUAAAGAGCCAUGCGAGGAUCCGUAUGAUCAAAGCCAGCAAUUAUCCUUACGUUACAACAAUAAUUAAUAAAAAGAAUUAAUUCGAGACAAGUUUAAAAAAAAGUAACUCUUUGGAAAGUGUAUGUGCAAUGCUGAUAAGUACUAGCCGGUGAGUGUGUGAGUGCGUGCGAUGGCGCGAGGUGCCGUGUUAUCGUCGACCAUCUUGGUGUCAAUUUUAUCAAUAUUGGAAACAACAUUUGCGCAUUAUACACCUACAUGGGCCGUCCAUAUACCUGGAGGGAAGGAGGCCGCGGAUGCAGUGGCCAGAGACUAUGGAUUCAUCAAUUUAGGAGAGAUAUUCGAGGACCACUACCACUUCCACCACAAUGCGAUAGUGAAGCGGUCGAUCACGCCUGCGCACGAGCAUCAUGGCAUGUUAGAGGGAGACAACCGAGUGCGAUGGGCGAAACAGCAACGCGCUCUCUCAAGAAAGAAGAGAGAUUUUCAAACUAUACCAGAUUCAUAUCAUUCUACAGCUAAAACGACGCCAUCCGAUGCGCCUGCGUCGGCCGCGCCUGCGCCGUCAGCGGCGUCGAAGCGCGACACUAAUUCGAAGCGAGAGCUCCAACCGUCACGGGUGAAGGGACGGCCAAGAGCUGCUGACUCUAAGUUUCAACUCAACGACCCAAAGUGGCCUCAUAUGUGGUAUCUAAAUCGAGGAGGUGGUUUAGAUAUGAAUGUUAUACCAGCGUGGCGGGAAGGUAUCACUGGCCGUGGAGUGGUGGUGACCAUUCUUGAUGAUGGCCUUGAGACUGACCAUCCCGAUUUGGUAGCUAAUUAUGAUCCAAUGGCGUCUUACGACGUCAAUUCCCACGACUCAGAUCCUCAGCCGAGGUACGACAUGAUCGACUCCAACCGCCAUGGCACCAGGUGUGCUGGGGAGGUGGCUGCUACUGCCAACAACUCCUUGUGUGCUGUGGGCGUCGCUUAUGGAGCUAGCGUUGGAGGUGUACGUAUGUUGGACGGUGACGUCACGGAUGCAGUAGAAGCCCGCUCCUUGAGUCUGAACCCUCAGCACGUGGACAUCUACAGCGCAUCCUGGGGACCUGAUGAUGAUGGGAAGACUGUUGAUGGACCUGGAGAACUGGCCACUAGGGCUUUCAUAGAAGGAGUUACUAAGGGACGUAACGGCAAGGGUUCCAUUUUCGUGUGGGCGUCAGGAAAUGGCGGAAGGGAACAUGAUAACUGCAACUGUGAUGGCUAUACCAAUUCUAUAUGGACCCUGUCGAUAUCUUCGGCGACGGAGCGAGGGGAGGUGCCCUGGUACUCCGAAAUGUGCAGUUCCACGUUGGCAGCUACUUACAGCAGCGGUGCUAUAAAUGAGAAACAGGUGGUGACGACAGAUCUGCAUCACUCUUGCACAGCGGGGCACACCGGGACAUCUGCAUCUGCGCCACUCGCCGCUGGAAUCUGUGCUUUAGCUCUGCAAGCCAAUAGAGACCUGACUUGGCGAGAUAUGCAGCAUAUUGUUGUCCGCACAGCACGUCCGGAGCGGCUCAGCAUUGGUGGCGAAUGGAGAGUUAAUGGAGUUGGUCGAAACGUCUCCCAUUCUUUCGGCUAUGGACUCCUCGACGCUGCUGGCAUGGUGAGGCUGGCCAAGAGUUGGAGAACUGUACCACCACAGCGAAGAUGUGAACUGGCUGCUCCAAGACCACAACGACCAGUCCCGCCUAGGUCUUCUGUUACCCUGCAGUUGGACGUGAGCGCUUGUCCUGGAGUAAACUACUUGGAACACGUGCAGGCACGCGUAUCACUCUCUGCUGCGAGACGUGGUGAUCUUCGAAUUGUACUCACUUCUCCAGCUGGAACUAAGGUCACUCUGCUUGCACCAAGACCGCACGACUCGUCGCGCACUGGGUUCAGCUCGUGGCCUUUCAUGUCCGUGCACAUGUGGGGCGAGUCACCGCUGGGGCCCUGGCGGCUAGAAGUCACCAACGAGGGACGAUUUAUGGCUGGUCCUCUGACUCAAUGGGAGUUAAUAUUCUACGGUACGGAGACGCCUCCUCAAGAGGAAGACGCGUCUCCUGAGACAAACUUGUUGAGUGGAGGAGCUGCGCCGGUGCCGGUUGCCAGUUCGGGCGGCGGGAUGAUUCCUGCUGAAUCGCCGGGGCCGGUGACGACAUGGAACGGUGCGAACGAGCCCCCCGAGUCAGUCGAGGAAGUGAGACAGAAUGCACUCGACGACGACCUCUCCCUCGUCUGGCAUUCGCAUACGAUAAGCGAAGACAGCCCCCCUGAGACAGUGGACGCCGGCAACGCGGGACAGUACACGGGCAACGCGUCGGGUUGCGCCACACACGCGCCACAGUCGCUCCACUGCCUAGAAUGCGCGAAGGGCUUGCAUUUGUACUCCGGUCGAUGCUUCAAACGUUGUCCCGAUGGUACGUAUGCCAGUGAGAUUACAAUGGAGAGGAGCUCAAGAAGACGUAAUCUAACUUAUUUUUCCGAGGGGACGGUAAUGAAAAGGCAGGACGGUGGCGCCCCGCAGCAGACCGCUUUAGAAGCUUUAGAUAUGGAGCCAGCAUCUAACGAGAGCGCCGCUAAGCCCCCUCUCACGUGCCUUCCGUGUCAUUACACAUGCGCCACAUGCGUGGGCCCUCAAAACAAUCAAUGUUUGUCAUGUUUAGACGACGCUCAGCUCUUCAAUUUAACUGACACCGAACCAAAAUUCUACUGUUACCCAAACACGGUAUUGUCGAAAAUAAAGGACGCUGAUUGGCAUUACAGACUCAACGUUGCUCUUGUUGUUGUCUUAUUUGUAGUCAGUUCUGCCUGUUUGUAUUUCCUGCUGUCGUGUGUCACGAAGAGGUAUUGUUGCGGUGGCUAUUACAAACCAAAUAUAGUGUAUAACAAAUUGGCUGUUGAUGAUAAACUACAGAGCGCGGUGGAGGUUGAAGAAGAGAUACAUAAGGCUUUAAAGGAUUACAGUGAGAGCGAAUCAGACGAUGACUUGAACUUAUAGCGAUUGCUAACAUUCCAAUCGAAGUAUUACGAACUCAUAGACCAGGUAACCGAUAGUGAUUAGGAGAUUAGGUACAGACCAGAUGCAGGGCUCGUGUUGUGAUAUAUAUCAUUCAGUCGUCACAAUGUUUAAUAUAAGAUUGUAAACGAGUAUUAGUAUUAGUCCAAUGAGAUUUUAAUUCGUACAAACGUUUUGAGUUUAUUUUGAAAUUAUUCCAAAGAGCUGUAACGAACUCUUGAACUUUAUAAUUUUUUUGUCUAUUUUUCUAUUAAUUUCGGGAAUUUUCCUUUCGUAGAUUUUACUUUAUUAAAUCGGUAAUUGGUUUUUAUGUCUUACUUUUGUAUUUUUCUUUUCUUUAUUCUUAAUUUAGGUUAUGAAUUAUAAUAAAAUAGAGUAUUAAAGAACAUUCCAUUUGAAAAUGAGACAUUCGAGGUCCUUGAAAUUAUACUUAAUCCCCAUAGCUUUUGGCCACUGGCUGGGGGUUCCAUUAUUAUUUCUAAAAGGGGCUUACUCACCCUCUUUGAACAUGCUAUUUUUCUAUUUGCUCAAAAUUCUUGUUUCGGUUGUUUUUUAUAAUGCUUUUUUUUACUUAGUAAGGUUUGAGAUUCACUCAGAGAGACUCAAAAGUAAUUAUAGUUUCGAUAGUUUAAUUUAAUCGUAAUAAGAGUCGCAUAAUGUUAGAUUAUUAGUUUUACUUGCUCAAGAUGCCAUUCUUGUUUGUAUGUUUGUGCCAAUCCCUUAGUAUUUGGUGCAGUGUAAAUAAUUUGUAUAUGUAAAUAAAUGAGUUCCUAUUUUCAUAUGCUGUUUUAUUAAAAUGCUUGGAGUUGUUUUUUUAACUUUAUGGUUGAG